UCAUAAAAAACACAUUUCUCUCAACUAACCGCUGUUGCUUCGUGCCUUCGUCUCUCCACACACUUCCUUUUACCGUCUCUCCCAUUUUCACACCAACAAUAAAAAUAAAAACUUCUGCAGCAAAUCACAUAUUACAACAACACAGGGAGAGACAGAGCUAGAUUUUGGAGCAAAUUUAGGGUUCCGUUUAAUACGUAAACUACCAGAUCUGGCAUCACAUUAACAUGCAUAUCAUUCAUUUUGCUAAUCUUAGUCGUGCUUGAAUUGAACUUACUUAAACCAGAAUCCAAAAAAUGCAGAUGUUAUCUCCUGUUACUCCCGGCCAGUUUUCUUUCUUGCUUGGAAUCGUACCUGUAUUUGCUGCUUGGAUCUACACCGAGUAUUUGGAGUACAAAAAAAACAACACCUUAGCCAAAGCUAGGCAUUCUGAUGUUGGAUUGGUUGAAUUGGGGAACGAAGCGGUCAAAGAAGAUGAUAGAGCUGUUUUACUAGAGGGAGGAGUUCAGUCUGCUUCUCCCAAAACUAGGAGUUCAACUUCCACAUUUCCUAUUUUCAGGUUCUUUACAAUGGAAGAGCAGUUCUUGAUUGAUAAUCGCUUGACGCUUAGAGCCAUAUCGGAAUUUGGUUUCUUUAUGGUGUAUUUUUACAUAUGCGACCGCACUGAUAUUCUUGGCUCAUCUAAGAAGAGUUACAAUCGAGAUCUUUUCUUGUUUCUCUACUUCCUCCUCAUCAUAGUUUCAGCAAUAACUUCUUUCAAGAUACAUCAUGACAAGUCACCAUUCUCUGGGAAACCUAUACUUUAUUUGAAUAGGCAUCAAACUGAGGAGUGGAAAGGCUGGAUGCAGGUAUUAUUUUUAAUGUACCAUUACUUUGCUGCGACCGAAUUUUACAAUGCAAUCCGUGUUUUUAUUGCUUCAUAUGUGUGGAUGACUGGAUUCGGCAACUUCUCGUAUUAUUAUGUUCGCAAAGAUUUCAGUCUUGCUAGGUUUGCACAGAUGAUGUGGCGGCUUAAUUUCCUGGUGCUAGUGUGCUGUGUUGUACUGAACAAUAGUUACAUGCUAUACUAUAUUUGCCCAAUGCACACUCUUUUCACUCUUAUGGUUUAUGCGGCACUUGGUAUUUUCAACAAGUACAAUGAGAUUGGAUCAGUCAUGGCUGCAAAAAUUAUUGCUUGCUUCCUUGUAGUCAUUCUGAUGUGGGAAACUCCUGGAGUAUUUGAAGUGGUUUGGAGCCCAUUUACUUUUCUUUUUGGUUAUACUGAUCCUGCGAAACCAGAUUUGCCCCGCUUGCACGAGUGGCAUUUCCGUUCAGGCCUUGAUCGUUAUAUCUGGAUAGUUGGAAUGAUAUAUGCCUACUAUCAUCCAAUGGUGGAAGGAUGGAUGGAGAAACUAGAGGAGACAGAAGCGAAGCGCAGAAUAUCAAUUAAAACAGCUGUUGCAACAAUAUCUCUGGCGGUGGGAUAUACGUGGUACGAGUACAUAUACAAGCUGGACAAGGUUACUUACAACAAAUACCAUCCUUAUACCUCGUGGAUUCCCAUAACUGUGUACAUUUGUUUGAGAAAUGUCACCCAGCACUUCCGCUGCUACAGCUUGACCCUUUUCGCAUGGCUGGGGAAAAUCACACUGGAGACCUACAUUUCUCAGAUCCAUAUCUGGUUAAGAUCAGGAAUUCCAGAUGGCCAACCAAAAUUGUUACUUUCUCUAAUUCCAGACUACCCAAUGUUGAACUUUAUGCUUACCACCUCCAUAUAUGUCGCGGUUUCUUACAGGCUCUUUGAUCUGACAAAUACGUUGAAAACAGCAUUUGUACCCAGUAAAGACGAUAAGCGCCUGACAAACAACAUAAUCACAGCAGUUGCAGUUUCAGUUGUUCUCUAUUCACUGUCAUUUGUAUUCUUAAAGGUCCCUCAGAUGCUGAUUUGAGAGGAAACUGCAAGAUUGCUAUCUGUUUUCCAUGAGCAUACAGGAAGAAUAUUGCUCCACAACUAGAUUUUGCCUCUGAAAGAAAAUGAACGAUGAAACGGAUUCAUUUCAAUUUGUCACUGGGGAGAAACAAUGGAAGGAUCAAUAUCAGUGGUCUUAGGUCUCGUUACUUUAUUGUACAGGAAGGUCAUGAAAGACAUGACCUUCAACAGAGGUGUUAUUUUUGUCAUGUUUUGAUUAAUUUUUUCACAGCAGUAGUAAAGCAAUUACUGCAGCAAUGUAAAAUUCACCGACCAAAGCAAUUCCCUACGCUUCCAUGAGUUUGACAUUGUAUUGAGUAGUGUCUAAAGCAUAUUGCACCAAACUUUUAUUGGCUUAA